AUGUCUCUACAGCCCCAACUUCGACCGAUCCUACGUCAGAACAACGCCGUAGACCCUGACGACCCAACAUUUCAGGCUGCUAGGGAGACUCUCUACCGUACUAGGGAAUUCUUCCAACCCUACUCGCCAUACAUCAAAUUUCGGGCGGUUUUAGGCUUUGGAAGUUCCGGGGCAGUAACACUGUGGCCUGUAAUGAGCCAUUCGGGCCGUUUUCAGGACGUUGCGAUAAAGACACCGCACGACGAAAAUGACGACCUCUUCCGGCAAGAGAUACAAUGGAUGGAGAAAUUCUCCUCUGCGGAGCACUUUAUCCAACUUGCCCGUCUCCCGUCAUAUGCGCUUAACAGCGCCCUCUACAACAAUUCGAAGAGCGAGGGGCCACCCCUAAUCGUAAUGAAAUAUGCGGAGAGGUGCGAGUUGAACGAGCUCCUGUUGGGUGAUCUUGGACUGAUGACAGAAUUUGAUCUCGAUUGGACCGAUGAAGAGAAAAUUGCUGCGGUUACCGACAUUGGGAGGCCGAAUUAUGUAGCGCCGGAGCAACGUGACCGAGAGCGGCCGCUGAGGGAGAAUGCUUUCGGACCACAUACCAAUAUCUGGGGGGUGGGACUCCUCAUGUAUAAUGCCCUGACUCUAUACCAGGUAGUGGCCGACGACGGGGACUGGGCGCCACGGGCGUGCCCUAUAACUAUGCCAGACGGUAGCGCCAAGAACCUCGUCACAUGGGCGCCUUUCCUGGUCGGCCGCGAGGAACUGGUCUACGACGAGUUCAAGGCGUACGGCGACGAUCUGCGCACCCUGAUAGCCCGCUGCAUGGCGGACGAGCCAGAGGAUCGGCCGGGGCUGCAGGAGCUGCUCGACACGACCACGAAGAACAUUGCAGCCGGUGAUAGGAUCGCUGCCGCCGCGCAGGAGGGGUGGGAGCGUCAGAAGGAGGGAUACCCUGGCAGACGGGAGGGCCCCGUAGACGUCUCUCGACCGCCCGAGGUCGAAGACGACGAUCUCGUUCGCAGGUUCUUUCGGGAGUAUCUCAACGACCCGCCGGCGAGAGGCGACCCGUACCGGGAUUAUUGGUAAAUUAAUGCUUAGUGUAGAUACGCC